GAUAAGUUCCCUUAUCACCUGAUAUUACGAGGAAAUCACAUAAAAUCGACGUAAUUUGCGAUAAAAACGUGAGAUUUCUUUUUUUUAUCGGCAAAUCCAUUUUUCAGUCGAUGCUCAGAUAGCGGUCUCGUCGGUUGUGAUAGAUCACUACAUACAUACUAUAUCUUGUGUACUUAUAUAUUCUUUGGAAAUUAUCAAGACUCACUGGAGAUUUUCAUCUUAUCAAAUACGUGCAAUAUGAACUGGUCGUCAACUGCUGCCUCAAGUUGAGAUCUACAAAUGCUAAGACUGAGACCGACCACACUUUAGUUCGGGUUCAUCAUACACCAAUCUGACUUUAGGAAUGUUGAUAGGGGAGUGGACUUUUUAGUGUGUGUGUAUAAAAGCGAUGCAUGGUGUGUGAGGUCGGAUCGGCCAUGGACAUGAGUGGAGAGGGCGCGGGGUCGGGGGCGAGCGCGCUGCAGCAGCGGUGGUACGAGGGCCGCGUCAACGGCAGCCCCGCCGCCGGCGACGUCAACGCCGACGCCAAUGGCGACGGCUUCUUCCACUCCCCGCUGGAAGGCGGCCAUCACAGCCGCGCCCGCUACUACCAUCAACAAAUGCACGCCCCCUACUCCGCCGCGGUCGGCUCGCACGGUCGAACGCUGAGCGGCGGCAGCGGGCAGGUGUGCAGGCCGCACUUCCACACGCCACUGCACCCCUGGCUCGAGUCCAAGGCACUGAGCGGUGGCGCGUGGGGCAGUGGCUUCCAGCAAGAUGCGGCGCAGGCGGACAAACCCUUGUCACCCGCGCAGCAUCACCACCCACACCCCCUGUUCUCAUUUCCCCCGACGCCGCCGAAGGAUUCGACGCCAGACUCCGUAGCGGCAGCAGCGCUCGGUCAACAGGAUUACCAGGCGGCCGUCGCGCACGCCACCGCCAUGAGCGUCGCUUUCAUGCAGCAGCAGCAGGAGCUGCCGCUGUGUGGCGACGUGAAGCCCAUGAUGGGCGCGCCGCCGUCGAAGCAGCGCGAAGGUGCGCAGCCAGACUCGUGCCCCCAGGAGUCGAGCCAGCCCUCCGGGGAAUACAACGCGCAGUACAACGCCGCCGGCGGCGACUACUACAACUACCAGGGGAAGGGGUAUAGUGGGCAGCAGCAGAGCAAGCCGCGACCGAACAAGACGCGAACUAGCGCCGAGGGACGAGAAUGCGUCAACUGUGGGGCAACGAGCACUCCUCUAUGGCGACGUGAUGGCACGGGACACUACCUCUGCAACGCAUGCGGCCUCUACUACAAGAUGAACGGACAGAAUCGACCUCUGAUCAAGCCCAAGCGAAGAUUGGUGAGUUCGCUACAGAGCGCAGCGCGACGGGCAGGCACCUCCUGUGCAAACUGCAAGACGACGACGACAACGCUAUGGCGACGCAACCAGAAUGGAGAACCAGUGUGUAACGCAUGCGGCCUUUAUUACAAACUACAUAAUGUAAACCGGCCCCUUACGAUGAAGAAAGAGGGGAUCCAGACGAGAAAUCGCAAAUUGAGUAGUAAGAGUAAGAAGAAGAAGGGUGGAAUGGGAAUGGGAGGGGGCGGAGCUUGUGCACUAGCCCUCGGAGGAGUUAUGGGAGACAUGAUCAAGCCGCUAGGUGAUGGAACCAAGGGUUUCGGCGGAUCCGCCUUCCCAUCUGCAAUGGACUUUGGUCAGCAUCAAGUUGGUCUUGUCCACCCAGCGGCGGCACACAUGUCCCACUGGUACGGUGCACCACAUCAGGGUUUCGCUCCACCACCAGCGUCACACAACCCCUAUCACCACCAUCACCUCGCGCAGCUCAAUUCAAUGACUGGCUGGAGGAGUGAGUACACGUGAUAAGUCAACCAAACACAGGAGAAUGCAGUUAUUAAAAUAAUGUCUUUCGUAAACAAUAGUCCUGCCCCAAUGGACGGACAUUAUGACCUUACAAACGAAUCAGGCGUACGCACUGAUUCUGUAGAGUGGAUAUUCCACUCAGAAAUAAAUUCGACACAUCAAUCAAUAAAUAAGACUGUUGAACAGAAUUGACGUUUACAUACAUCUCUACAAACUAGGCUGAGUUGGCAGUGAAAGCGGAAAGCGACGGCCACGCUGUGAUUGACGAGGCUUUAAAGCAGCGACUAAUUCAAUCCUUGAGGCUCCCUAUACGACCGUCGCCCGCUCAUCGCUCGCACUAACGCCCCGCCUCACAGUUUGAAUUGAACUGAACAUAUCCUGAUUUUGAACAGAAGAAAAUUUGUCCCAGUUUAUCGUUCCCCAAUGAAAGACUUUGAUAUACCACGAUCAGUUUCCUACAAGUAUUAAAUUAAGAGUGUUUUACAUGAAGUAACUAGCGAAAUUGUACAGUAUUAUAAUUAUAGGUAAGGUCGGUUACGAAGUCUUUAUCGUAUAAGUAUAGUUCAAAUAAAGAUGAAAUAAUUUUGUGUAUUUGUACAUAUCUCUAUAAGUUAUAUUCCGUUCCUGUGUAAAUUGUUUUUUUUUAUUAUAUUUAAUUCGAACGUUUCGUUUCGCUAUAGGAAUUGUGAUGUGUUCAGAAGAAUAUUGCGAAGAAUUUUUUUUGUACAUUUUAUUAUUUGUGUAGAUGUUAUUUGAAUGGAAUGCAAUAGUAAUUUAUGUAAUAGUUUAUACAUGCAAUUUUGUAAAUAAAUAGCAGUUUUGAAUAGUGACAUUUCGCAGAACUGAUUUUGUUAGCGCAUUAACAAUGAUUUCGUCAAAUAAAUUAUUCAAGUGGUCACUAAAUCGAAUUAGCUAUUGAAUAUUUAUGUAUAAAGAAUAAAUUUGUUUGUCACAAGGUGUAUUAUAAAGUUUUGUAUCACAUUACCGUGUAAAAUUAAGGAUAUUGAGUGGCCAUACAUUUUAAAUUGCGGAUCUGUGUGUGUGGUUGUAACAUACUUACCAUAAUAUGAUAUCAUAAACAAAUGAAAGUUAUUUUGCGCAAGGUGGUCAUAAUGCUAUGUCUCGAUUCUUCCAUGCACCUUGUUUAAUACAAUGGUUCAUUAUUAUUAUUUAAUACACGGGUCACUCCGCUGCAAUCAAGUUUACCUGCAUUCGCUGACUCACGGCCACUUCGUAAUGACCCAAUGUUACAACUACAAACACGUUCCCGGACCCCAAAAUAUGUAAAUAUGAAAUGUAAAUGAAACAUGUAGAAAAUAAAUGAAAUCAUUAUAAGACUAUCAGAUUAAAAAGAUAUAAAUUAGAGAUCACUGCAAAACAGCCUAUAACGAUAUCCCGUACCUAAAGUUUUUAGUUUUUAAAACAAAACAUUGUGAAGUUGUGUAUUUUAAAUGAAAUUGUGAAUAAAUUAUCAAUAUUGAUAUUA